AUGAUAACAAACUUAUUUUCUAUUUUUGAUCCAUCAACAAAUUUAAUAAAUUUACCAAUAAAUUGAAUUAGAACAAUUUUAGGAUUAUUAUUUAUUCCGUAUAGAUUUUGAUUAAUCCCAAAUCGACAUUUUAUUAUAUGAAAUUUCAUUUCAAAAAAAUUACAUAAUGAAUUUAAAACAUUAUUAAAAAAUAACUAUUUUAAUGGAUCAACAUUUAUCUUUAUUUCAUUAUUUUUUUUUAUUUUUUUUAAUAAUUUUUUAGGAUUAUUUCCAUAUAUUUUUACAAGAACUAGACACUUAACAAUAUCUUUAUCCUUAUCAAUACCUCUAUGACUUAGAUUUAUAUUAUAUGGAUGAAUUAAAAAUACAAAUCACAUAUUUAUUCAUAUAAUUCCACAAGGAACACCCUAUAUUUUAAUACCAUUUAUAGUAAUUAUUGAAACCAUCAGAAAUAUUAUUCGACCUGGAACUUUAGCAGUACGAUUAACAGCUAACAUAAUUGCAGGACAUUUAUUAAUAACAUUAUUAAGAAGAACAGGAACUAAUAUAUCAUUUUACAUAAUUAUCAUUUUAAUUUUUAUUCAAAUUAUAUUAAUAAUUCUAGAAUCAGCAGUUGCUAUUAUUCAAUCAUAUGUAAUUACUAUUUUAAGAACCCUUUACUAUAGUGAAGUUAAUUAA